CAGGUCUCGACCACAGUGGGGCUGCCCCGCCUGCAGGGGGCAGCAGAGAGCGCUGUAGUUAGCCGGAUACAAGCGCAAGAACACGUGACACUAACAGGAAGUAAAUAAACCCGCUUUCCCGCGCAGUCAUCUAGCUGUCUACGCCGAUUUCCCAGCAAUAUGGAUAUGGAUGAACUCUAUUUGGACAACAUCGACGAAUAUGUCAACGACCACGACAAAAUAGUGACGUAUAAAUGGCUGAGUUUGACUCUCGGUGUUCACGUCAACACAGCAAAACAAAUGCUGUUUCAUUACUUGGAUCACAAGAGAAAAGAGAGUUCUGCUCAACUUCAUGCCACUUAUCUUGUGUCCGGGAAGCUUGUGGACAAUGGUCACACGAGUCACAAAGUGUCGGUCGUCAGAGAAGACCAGUUGGAAGACAUCAAAUCCAAGUUGAGUCCUGUCGUCAGCGUCCACGUGUACAGUGUUCAAAAGGCUCUUCUGAAAGACAGUGGUCCACUUUACAGUGUCGAUUAUGAUGCUGUGAAAGACAACAUGAAGACCUGCAGCAAGUACAGUGCGAUCCGCUGCUCCACAGCGGUGCCCCUUUCCCCGGUGGAGCUGCAGCAGGCACGUGAGAUCCAUCGCGCUCCCACACCAGAACCUGAAGUCAAGAAGUCGUCGGUCAAUGGGAACACAGCCUCCAAAAUCUCCAGCAAGCCACAGAAAGGAAUCAUGGGAAUGUUUGCAAACAAACCGGGACCCAAGAACCAGGAUGGAACUACAGAUAUCAAGUCAGAGGUGAAAGACAACGCUCCCACGAUUGAAGCCUCCAAACCAGCUGCAAAGACUAAUCACAUGAACAACUUCUUUGGAAAUCAAACAAAGAAACCAGUAAAAGAGGAAGAAACAGCUGCUUCUCCAGCAGCAGAGGAGAAACCUCAAGAAGAACAACCUACCAAAAAACAAGAGGCUACAGCGGUGGAGCCACCGAAGCAGACGAAGAAAGACUCGAGAAGCAAGUCCAAGCGUGUGAAGGACUCUGACAGCGAGGACGAGAAGAUGGAGAAGAAGAAGAGACGGCGGAUCAAGAAGCCAGAACCGGACAGCAGCGAUGAAGAUGUCAUCCCAGACUCUCCUCAGCCCAUGGAAACCAGAGGCACCUCGCCGAGCCCCAAAAAACAGAUUAAACCAGUUCUACAGUCCAAUGAAACCUCUGAGGGGAAGAUCCGGAGGCGACGACGAGUCCUGAAGUCUCGGACGUUUGUGGACGAUGAAGGAUGUAUCGUCACAGAAAAAGGCUAUGAGAGCGAGUCGUACUCGGAAGACGACACCCCGGCGCCCGAGCCGGCUGCUAAAGCUGCGGCGCCAUCCAGACCACAGACCGGCAGCAAAGACUCGGAGAAGAAGAGCCAGAAGAAGAGUGCGGCGAACAAAGGAAGCAAACAAGCUUCUAUCAUGGGCUUUUUCCAGAAGAAAUGAGGAAUGGCUGCACAAACAAACUCUGAAUGACUGUUGAUAUUUAGUUUGUCCGAAUAAACCUCUCUUGUCAUCUCGACAACGCUCACUCCAGCAACUUGUUUGCUGAUCUACAUUUGAAUAAAAUGUUUGUUUUAUUC